AUGGGCGUUCUGGUCGGGGGUGUUGCGGACCUUGCCGGGGUGGUUUUGCCUGAUGUUUUCCCCGUUAGGCUGCAGUCCUGGGAAGAGUCCCUGAGACCAGCCCACACUCAGGGAAAAGGGGUGAACAUCGGCCUUCGGGAGCAGGGGGGCUGUGGCUCCUGUGGGGGCUGCAAGUCCAGCUGCUGUCAGUCCAGCUGCUGCAAGUCCAGCAGCUGCAAGCCCUGCUGCUGCCAGGACAGCUGCUGCCAGUCCAGCUGCUGCAAGCCCUGCUGCUGCCAGGACAGCUGCUGCAAGUCCAGCUGCUGCAAGCCCUGUUGCUUCCAGGACAGCUGCUGCAAGCCCUGCUGCUGCCAAGACAGCUGCUGCAAGUCCAGCUGCUACAAGCCCUGCUGCUGCCAGGACAGCUGCUGCAAGUCCAGCUGCUGCAAGCCCUGCUGCUGCCAAGACAGCUGCUGCAAGUCCAGCUGCUGCAAGCCCUGCUGCUGCCAGGACAGCUGCUGCAAGUCCAGCUGCUGCAAGCCCUGCUGCUGCCAGUCCAGCUGUUGUAAGCCCAGCUGCUGCAAGCCCUGCUGCUGCCAGGACAGCUGCUGCCAGUCUAGCUGCUGCAAGCCCUGCUGCUGCCAGUCCAGCUGCUGCAAGCCCUGCUGCUCCUCAGGCUGUGGGUCCUCCUGCUGCCAGUCCAGCUGCUGUGCCCCUAUUUGCUGUCAGUGCAAGGUCUGAGGUUCUGGACACAGAACUCCAGUUGCCCCUGCGCACCCUCAGUCUCCAGACAGGGGCAGAAGCUGCACCCCAGGCCCCUGGGGCUCACCCCUGGCUCUUAUCUUCCAGUUGUUGGAAGCUGCAUCUGCAGACCAAGGAGGACCCAGGUCUCCAGGGAAGGACACCACUCACUCGUGGGGCUAGGUCCCUCUUCCAAUGCCCAGGGAAUCAUGCCUCUCAUCCCUCACCCACAUUCUCCAGCCUCUGAGUCACUGCCCCUCAUGGCCUCUGGCUUCAUCUGGACAUGCAGCACACAGUGGAGUCCCCACAGCCUGGGCACCCCCAAGCUGUGAGCACCUUGUCCACUGACAGUGGCCCAGCCCAGGCUGGCUCCUCUGGGCCCUCCCUCUCUGGCCAACUUCUCUGAUUCCUCUGUGGAGGCGUGAACUGUACCCUUGAUGUCCUGAAAUAAAGUCUGUCACCCA